CACAUCGCUCUUCUAUUGUCACUCCCCCCCUGUAUGUGAUUUAACUGAAUUAUGGUGUAGAAAUGACCACAAUUUAGAUUUGGCUGGGCAGAUGUGCACCCGUGACUUGUGACCUGCCGUGAUCGUGUGGACACUGAGUGGAAACGCUGACGUUUGGAAAAUAUACAUCCUGUAUUACUCAGUACCACAUGUGAGGUCAGUGACCCGUCUCGGAGCAGCCACAACCAGACCUGAAGAUGAAGCCGCGGGGAGUGGGCGUGAUGCACGCUUUCACCGCUCUAACCAUGCUUACUAUGGCAAACGCUCAAACAACGUGUAAUCAAGGAAUGGGUCGUGUGAUGUACGAACGUUUACCAAAUCAACAACUGCACGGCUUCGACGACGAUGUCGUACGCGAAACAGCUCCGCCUUUUCGCGUAUUAGAGAAGUGUCAAGAUCUAUGCCUGCGCGAUCGAUCGGGCAACAGCCUGGUCCGUACGUGCAACUCGAUAGACUUUCAACCAGGAGCGAGGAUAGCGGCGUUCAGCCCUGAACCGGAGUACGAAGAGUCUACUUGCUACCUGACGAGAGAGCAAGCCGCUCCUGAGGGUAUCGGCACGCUCAUGAUCGUCCCCAAUAGUGUUCACUUCAACGAAAUCUGUCUAACUUCAAAUCGGCCGGAAAGGGAGUGUCCGUCACGUCGUUACGUUUUUGAACGUCACGCUCGAAAGCGUCUGAAGUUACCACCUUCGGAUCUCAAAGAGAUAAUGGUCGCGAACCGCACCGAGUGUUCUCUCAGCAGAUUCACAAGAAGAACGCAUCCUGAAAUGCUGGAAGACGAUCAUAAUGCGGAUUACCUGGAGAAUACUUGCUUGAACGCUGAACGACGCUGCGAUGGUUUAGCUGUGUUUAUCAAAGAAGAGAACAAACGACUCGGAGGACCUUUCGAAGCUGAUGUAUUCUCAAAUAUGACAUUAGACGAAUGCCAGUCGAUGUGCGUCCGCGCAGAAAAGUAUUUCUGUCGGUCUAUCGAGCACGACGCAAUGACACGGCAGUGCGUGCUGUCCGAGGAGGAUUCCGUCUCUCAGAAGGACGACGUCACCGUCAGCGCUUCACCGACACACCACUUCUACGACCUCGUAUGCCUUGACAACCCUCGCGGCACGGAGUACCCGGACAACAGCGCCACGUCACAUCUGUUUGCUCCGGGCAGGAGGCCUGACACCGCCUUCCAGCGGUACAGGAACAGUCGGAUAACCGGGGAGUUCCACUCCGAGAUCACGGGACGCUCACUCAGCGAGUGCCUGGAUGAAUGCCUCAGACAGACAAGCUUUCAAUGCAGGUCCGCCGUGUACAGCGAUAGGGCGAGGACCUGUCGCCUAAGCCGGUACAAUCAGAAGGACGGCAUGCGUUUGCUGUAUGAUCCCGAUUUUGAUUAUUACGAAAAUUUGAUGCAUCAGCUCGUAACUGGUGAGAACGAGUCAGGGGGAACAGGCGGUGGCAGGCCAGGGUCUAAUUCAGGUGGUAACGGUGGUGGCGAUCGAGAUCGGGACCGGGAUCGAGAUCGGGAUCGAUAUCCCCCCGGCGUUGACCGCUAUCCCGAUGAUGACCGAUAUGCGGACGACGACCGAUACGACCGAAGACCAGACCGGUACCCACCGCCCGACGACCGGUACCCGGUGGGACCCGACCAAUACCCCGAUAGAUAUUUACCGGGAGACCGCUACCCAGCAGAUAGGUAUCCAGACGACAGAUACCCACCCGGUGUCGGACCCGAGAGAUAUCCAUCCGACAGAUAUCCCCCAGGCAUAGACAGAUACCCACCGGGAGUAGAUAGAUAUCCAGCACCAGAUAGGUAUCCAGGUGGAGACCGCUACCCAAUCGACAGCGGACGGUAUCCAAUUUACGAUUACCAAUCGAAUGACAUCGGUAGAUAUCCCGCCGGUGAACGUUAUCCAAUCAGCCGAUAUCCUAUUGACGUUUAUCCGGAUAAAUAUCCCGAGGACCGGUUUCCAUCGGAUAGAUAUCCGGUUCGUGAUCCUGCACCCUUAGGAGGAGAUAGAUAUCCAGAAUUAUAUGACAAAUACCCGCCGACCGGUUCGUCAUAUCCUGGCUACGGACGCGGAGGCUACUACGGUUCGGAAUUCUCCGGCGGUGAACGGUUUCCUGACAGAGGAGUUCGUCCGGCGCCAGACAGAUAUCCAGUUGAACCUAGACCUACUUUUGGCAUAAGAAGACCGAUUGACAGGCCCGGAGGAUAUCGCGGAAGCUAUCCCUCAUCAGGUCUGGAUAGACCAAUAGGUGGAGGUGGAUACGGAGGAUACGAAACUGAUGGACCGAUAGGCCCUGUAGGAGGACCAAUCGGUGGGCCGAUUGGAACACCUAUAGGUAAUCCAUUAGGUGGUCCUAUUGGAGGCCCGGUUGGGGGGCCCAUCGGAGGAGGCGUCGCGGGACCUCUCGGAGGCCCAAUUGGCAGACCGCCAGUGGGCAGUCGACCAUGGCAAGGGUCUCGUUGCGAGGAGGAUAGUUUCAGACAAGUUGGCCGGCAACGUAUGCAGAGGCGUUUCGUGCGACGAUUCACCACGGCGCACUCUCUGGCCCAUUGUCAGCGAGAGUGUAUAGAGGCUAGAGAUUUUAUUUGUCGCUCAUUUAAUUACAGGGAAGGUGCUUAUGGAGAGUCUCGUGACAACUGUGAACUUAGCGACCGCGACACGCGGGAACUUGAUGCUGCUAAUCCUGCGCACUUUGAUAAUACUGCCAAUGAGUAUGAUUUUUACGAGCGAGCUCUUGGCCGCAUGGCUGACGAUUGUCUCGAUGUGUCACAAGUGUGUAACGAAGAUGGCAUGGAAUUUACGCUACGUCUUCCCGAAGGAUUUUUCGGUCGUAUGUACACGUAUGGGUUCUACGAUCGUUGUUUCUUCCGCGGCAAUGGAGGCGUCUCGAAUGUUCUACGAAUAAGCGGCGCGCACGGCUACCCUGAAUGCGGUACACAGCGAUAUGGUGACACGAUGACGAAUAUAGUGGUAGUUCAGUUUAGUGACAACGUGCAGACCUCUCGAGACAAGAGGUUCAAUCUUACUUGCUUGUUCCGUGGCCCCGCAGAAGCAGUGGUUACCUCGAAUUACAUUGGAGCUGGAUCUGGCAGUCCCAUCCCUAUCGAAUACCUUCCCGAGGAGAGUUCGUUGAACUCGAAAGUUCGUUUGAUGAUUCUGUACCAAGGCCGUCCAACAACUACCAUUGCUGUGGGAGACCCGUUGACGUUUAGACUUGAAGCCCAAGAUGGAUAUAACUACGCUACGGACAUAUUUGCUACAAAUGUAAUUGCAAGAGAUCCUUACUCUGGCCGCUCUGUGCAACUUAUAGAUAGAGUUGGAUGUCCAGUAGAUCCUGAUGUUUUCCCGGAAUUGGAUAAAGGUCGCAAUGGCGAUUCGUUGGAAGCAAGAUUUAACGCUUUUAAGAUACCAGAAUCAAACUUUUUAGUAUUCGAAGCAACUGUGCGAACAUGCAGAGAUGGUUGUCAACCAGCUUACUGUCCAAGUCACACUGGGCGUUCAGAGCCCUCUUUCGGUCGCAAACGCCGUGAAGCUAAUAUUACAUUAGAAACGGAAAGCAACAGUACAGUAGCAAAGAACGGCUCUGAAAGUAACAAAGAAAAAAGCGAUGAAGCAGGAACCGUUUACAAAAUCUCUUAUGAGGAGACCAAAGUCGAUAAGUAUCUUAAGGAUGAAGUGGAAACACCAAGUCAUGUCAGAAAGAUGAUUGAAGUAUUUGACAAUCGCAAUGAGUUACUGGAAGAGAACGGAGCAUCAGACUCGUCCCCAGUGGUGGCAGCAGCCGGCGUUUGUGUCUCUCCCUACCACUACCGGUCCCUUUUGGUAGCACUUUGCGUCCUACUCUCGUUAUUACUGGCAAUGUUAACUGCGGCGUUGUACAUCUACAGACGUUAUUGGAGAGUCCUGCGCAAGAACAUUCAAGCAUCGAGUCCAGUGCCAGAUCUCAGACCAGCCGCCCCCGGACCACGGACCAAUCGUCCCUCUUUGUUCUCCGCAUCACAUCUGCAUAAGCCUUUCUCGUUGAGUGGUCUCGGUCGUACUUUUGCGGAGGUCGGUGAAGAAGCUGGUUCUUCGGGGAGGUUAGCAAAUGCCUUCGACGACGGAAGCGAACCAAUCUACACAGAUCCCUCGCUAUUUGAACGCUCGCGGUCGCUACGCUCUCUGCACUCACUGGACAUGAAACCCGAAAGACGUGAUCGUCACUCGUAACUUCUUUCUUCUAAAUUCAAAAUGGCGUCGUCCAAUGUCUCGGAUGACGGUUAUAAUACAAAUCUACACAUUUUCAAACUUACUGCCAUAACAUGCUCAGUUUCAUAUCAGUUCACAGUUUUUUUAUACUUUACAGAUUUUAUUACUUUACUAUUAAAACUAUUGUAAGU